CAACAACGAUACAAAUCACUUGUUGUGAGAUUUUUAUCAGUUCACGCAAUAAGUUGUCCUGAUACGAUAGCAGCAAGAACUACGCCCAUAAUAUAUGGUAAAAGUUCCAAUCCUGAAGAAGUGGCUGAUUCACCUUUGACAACCUGGAAAUAUGUGGGAUUAAUAGAUCAUUGCAAAGAAGGCAAUACCCUGGAAGAAAUUAGUUCCGUAACAAGUGAGAACGCCUCGAUCUUUAAAAAGACGACCUGGAACAACUGGCUCAGUAACUCAACUUUCAAUAUAACCAAACAAGGUGAAGAGAAGAGCACCAAUAAUACGAUAAUAACCGCACUAUCCCAAUCAUAUUUGACACCAUCCCAGUUAAAUGGAAGUAAUAUAGCAACGGCGGCAAUGACUAUAACCAAAGUUCCCCACCAAUCAAUUUUCCAAGAGUCCUCUUUUUGGCAUUGA